AUGGUUCGAGAAGGGAUUGUGCUUGGACACAAGAUUUCCGAGAAAGGGAUCGAGCUCGAUCGAGCUAAGGUGGAUGUCAUGUUGCAGCUCCCUGUUCCCAAGACUGUGAAGGACAUCAGGAGUUUUCUGGGUCAUGCAGGGUUCUACAGAAGAUUCAUCAAGGAUUUCUCAAAGAUAGCAAGACCCUUGACAAGGCUUCUGUGCAAGGAGACAGAUUUUGAGUUUGAUGAAGAAUGCCACAAGUCUUGGACCUUGCUGAAGGAUGCUCUGGUAUCUGCCCCAAUAGUUCAAGCUCCAAACUGGGAUCACCCAUUUGAGAUUAUGUGUGAUGCAUCUGACUAUGCAGUAGGAGCAGUGCUUGGCCAAAAGAUAGACAAGAAACUCAAUGUCAUCUACUAUGCAAGCAAGACUAUGGAUGAUGCUCAUGCAAGUAUGCAACCACAGAGAAGGAGCUCCUUGCCAUAG